CGAGCGGAUGUGCCUGCAUCCCGGCCUCUGCAAUGCUGUCUUUGCGGUCCAGCCCUCAACCUUGAGCCUCAGCCACGAUGCCAGAGAGCGGGGCCGGAGCGGCGGCGGGCUCCCAGGAGAGCGAGCGCCACAAGAGGGGCGCCACAGAUGGAGAGGCGUCCGGGCCAGCUGCCACCGGGGUCCUGGAUAAGCUCUUCGGAAAGAGGCUGCUGCAGGCCGGGCGUUACAUCAUGUCCCACAAAUCGUGGAUGAAAACGGUGCCUACGGAAAACUGCGACGUGCUGAUGACACUGCCAGACACGACCGACGACCACACGCUUCUGUGGCUGCUGAACCACAUCCGGCUGGGUAUCCCGGAGCUCAUCAUUCAGAUACGGCACCACAAGCACACCCGGGUCUACGCCUUUUUCGUCACAGCGACUUACGAAAGCUUGCUCCGGGGGGCUGAUGAGAUUGGCUUGCGGAAGCCGGUGAAAGCGGAGUUCGGAGGCGGGAUGCGGAGCUUCUCCUGCGAGGAGGAUUACAUCUACGAGAACAUCGAAAACGAACUUUAUUUUUUCACUUCUCAGGAACGUCAGAGUGUCAUCAGGUAUUGGCUGGAGAACCUGCGAGCCAAACAGGGCGAGGCUCUGCACAACAUCCACUUCCUGGAAGGCCAGCCGAUCGUUCCCGAGUUGGCUGCCCGGGGCAUUCUCCAGCAGGUCUUCCCCAUCCACGAGCAACGGAUCCUCAACCGGCUGAUGAAAUCGUGGGUACAAGCCAUUUGCGAACCGCAACCUUUGGAUGAUAUCUGUGACUACUUUGGCGUGAAGAUCGCCAUGUAUUUUGCCUGGCUGGGCUUCUACACGUCGGCCAUGGUCUACCCUGCCGUCUUCGGCUCCCUCCUCUACACCUUCACGGAGAACGAUCAGACCAGCCGGGACGUCUGCUGUGUUAUCUUCGCCAUCUUCAACGUGAUCUGGUCCACCCUGUUCCUGGAGGAGUGGAAGCGGCGGGGGGCCGAGUUUGCCUACAAGUGGGGCACCCUGGACACGCCGGCGGAGUCCAUCGAGGAGCCGCGGCCGCAGUUCCGGGGGGUGAAGCGCGUGAGCCCCGUCACCAACUCGGAGGAGUUCUACUACCCGCCUUGGAAGCGGCUGCUCUUCCAGUGCCUGGUGAGCCUGCCGGUCUGCCUCUUCUGCCUCUCUUUCGUCUUCCUCGCCAUGCUGGGCUGUUUCGAGCUACAGGAAUUUGUGCUGAGCAUUAAGGAGCUGCCGCGCAUCGUGCGUUUCCUGCCAAAAAUCGUGCUGGCCGUCAUCGUCACCGCCUGCGACGAAGUCUACAAGAAGAUUGCCUACUGGCUGAACGACAUGGAAAAUUACCGCUUGCAGAGUGCCUACGAGAAACACCUCAUCAUCAAAAUGGUCUUGUUUCAGUUUGUAAAUUCAUACCUAAGUCUUUUCUACAUCGGAUUCUACCUCAAAGACAUGGACCGCCUCAAGGAGAUGCUGGCCACUCUGCUCAUCACCCGCCAGUUCCUGCAGAACGUCAAGGAGGUCUCGCAGCCACACCUGUACAGCAAGUUCAAGCGCGGGGAUCUGAGCGCCCAGAACCUCCGAGAGGCGGCCCAGACUCUCCUCCGCCUGCUGGCCCAAAAGUGCGUCCCGGCCAGGCCCCGCGGAACCCACCGCCGGGGCCCCCGGUACGGCGGGGACCCCCCGGCCGGCCACGGCCCGGAGGCGGCCGAGGGUCCGGAGGGGGCUCCCCACGGGGAGAAGAAAUGCCUCAACGGUGGGUGCGGCGUCCCUGAGGAAGAGGACGAGGAGAGGAAAGACUCCGACUCGGAGGACGAGAGCAUCAUUGACUGCGGCCUGAAGCUGAAGAAGGUGAGCUUCAUCGAGAAGGCCGACCGCAAGGCUGGUGACCUGAGUCUGGAGGAAGGGGCCAGCUUCCUGGAGGAAGGCAGCCCCACCAUGGUGGAGAAAGGCAUGGACCCGUCCUCCGUCUUCGAGCUGUGCGAGGAUGACGACGAGAGUGACGGGGCCUCCGGGAGCCCCCUACGGGGACCCCCGGAAGCCAAGGAGCCGGCGGUGACCAUGAGGGCCCGCAGGCCACGGGGCGCCAGGAACCCCCCGGAAGAGGGCGAGGAAGACGAGGAGGGAGAGGAAGGGCGGAAGCCCAGCAGGAGCUCCUGGAUCGAUCCGCCGGAGGAGGUCUUCGCCGCCCAGCUGGCCCAGGCCGAGGUGGAGAGUUGCAUGAAGAAAUAUGAGGACACUUUCCAAGACUACCAGGAGAUGUUCAUCCAGUUUGGAUAUGUGGUCCUCUUCUCGUCCGCCUUCCCCCUGGCCGCCACGUGCGCCCUGAUCAACAACAUCAUCGAGAUCCGGAGCGACGCCUUCAAACUCUGCACGGGCCUCCAACGCCCCUUUGGCCAGCGGGUGGAGAGCAUCGGGGAGUGGCAGAAGGUGAUGGAAGCCAUGGGUGUCCUAGCCAUCGUGGUGAACUGCUACUUGAUUGGUCAGUGUGGGCAACUGCAACGCCUCUUCCCCUGGCUCAGCCCGGAGGGGGCCAUCAUAUCCGUGGUGGUGCUGGAGCAUUUUGCCCUCCUGCUCAAGUACGUCAUCCAAGUGGCUAUCCCGGACAUCCCCGGCUGGGUCGCGGAGGAAAUGGCAAAACUCGAGUACCAGCGGCGAGAGGCAUUUAAGAAGCACGAGCGGCAGGCCCAGCACCACUUCCAGCAGCAGCAGCGGCGCAAGCGAGAGGAGGAGGAACGCCAACGCCACGCCGAAUACCACGCCCGCAAGGAACGGGAGAGCGGGCGGGAGGAGGGCAAGUCGGACGGAGGAGGGGGCCCCGAUGCCGGCCACGAGAAGAGCCAGCCCAAAGGGAAGGGCCCAGGGGGCUCGGGCCACGGCUCGGAGAAGCCCAAGAGGCCCAGCUCUCUACUGGCCACCAACAACGUCAUGAAACUGAAGCAAAUCAUCCCUUUGCAGGGGAAGUUCCUGUCCGGGGGCACGGGGGGCGGGGGCGGCACGUCGGGGGCACGCUCUCCGCAGUCCCCCACCGGCACAGACAACAAACUGCCCGGCUUCCUCAGCUUCAAGUUCCUCAAAUCCCCGGAGACCAAGCGGGAGGCCGGCACCGAAAAGGUCCAGUCGCCCACCAAGCCUUUCAACCCGAGCAAACUGUUCAACUUCAGCAAGUCGGAAGGGGGCAACGGGGCAGCCCCCCCUCUUCCGCAGCAUCAGCUGCAGCAGCCACGGCCCGGGACCUCGGGGGACGAGAAACCCGCAGCUCAGAGAUCGCACCUCAACGGGAUGGUGGACGAUGAGGCCGACGAGGAUCCGGAGAUCCGAACGGUGGUGGAGGACGAGGGUCCGGGCCACAAACUCUAACCGUCCCCCCACCUCCGGGCGAGGGCUGGGGGGGGGGGAGAGAGA